AUGCAUUUGCAGAAUAUGACGAACAAUAGUUCUCAUCUCAGAAAUGUGGCAAUUACCGUAGCGUUGGGAGCGGCUACGGCUUUUGGUCUGUACUAUUUCCUCUCACGGAGGAGAAUCGCGAACAACAAAGAUCGCAGUGCAAAGAAGUUGAAAGAUCUGGGUAACAAGCUAUUCGCUGCUAAGAAGUAUGAAGAUUCGAUACGAGUAUUUUCCGAAGCGAUCACUUGUUGGGAUUCACAAGAAAAUUCACUCCUCAGAGCAAUGUGCUUCCAAAAUAGAGCUGCAGCUAAAGAGUGUAAUCCACGAUACGCCAAAGCCUACUUCAGAAAGGCUCGUUUGCUGGAAAAGAAAAAAGACCAUGAAGGAUCAUUAGCUUGUGUAUUUUGUGCCACUCAGCUUGAUCCAUCUCUUGACACUCAGUCGGGACAUAUUUUAUCAUCUAUAUUAGAACAUCUUGAAAAGAACGCCUAUGAUAAAUGGGUUCAAGAGAAUGCUUCUCAAGACCACGUCAGGCAUGUACGACACGAAAAGGUUGCUGACAUGGCAGUACAAGAGGAAGGCGAAAAGCAGUUGAACGCGCUUAUCUUGGCUGCUCGCUUUUACUUUUACCGGAAUCAGUUGGAUAAAUUUUCGUCUUGCGUGGAAAAGUUUGAUAAGAUAUUCCAAGCUCUAUCGGAUGAGGAGAAAGAAGAGAAGAAAGAUCUACUGAAUGCCAGGCAUAUUGUCAGCAUUGAAGCUGGGCGUACUUCUGACGAAGUCAUGAAGGCUUACAACGCUGCUGUGGAACAAACUAAAUCGAAAAAUCCUGAUUUCAACGUGAUGGCUGGUUUUCGUUUGGUUCUCUGCAACGAUACUCGCACUGCCAAGGAAAUGCUCUCGUCGAAUGACAUCAACACGCCUAAUAUGAAGCUGCUGUAUCUCACUCUGCAGAUUCUGUGUACUACAGGACAGGAUGGCGCACCAGACAUGGCUCAGUUGCACAACAAUAUUUUGGAGCUGGAAAAGUUUGUAUCUGAGCUGGAGCCCAAGACUGGAUACGCAUUAUCUCUACUAGCCAAGAUCACUGCGACGUUCAGCAUGGACCGAUCUGCUCAGCUUAUUUUUGAAGAAGUUUUUAAACUGGAACCUUCUGAGUCCAUUCACUUUUUUGAUCGGAGCUGUAUUGCUGCUUCUGGCGCUGAUGCAAUCGAGAACUUGAAGAAGUGUAUAGAGAUUGAACCGCAUCAUGCGGAAGCUCAUUUGAUGUUGGCUAGCUUGUUGAUGAAUGAAGUUGGAACUAAAUCAAUAUCCACGGAGGAGUACAAUGCGAUCGAUGCACAUCUUUCGACCGCUCUUUCUACUUUUGCUGAUAAUGUAGAUUUCCCGGUUGUGAUGGGUGUUUUCCGCUUAAAGGAAGUUUUAUCGGCCAAGAAAAAAGUUGCCGCAGUUUUAUCGUCAUAA